UCCGGCGGGGUCGCGGCCAUGGCGGCGGUGGCGGCGCUGCGCCGGUUCGUGCCGGCGGUGGCGCGGGCGGCGGGCAGGGCGCCAUGCCGCGGUCACCGGCUCACGCCGGCGGAUGAUGAGAUGUACCAACGGACACGGGUGAUGGUGCUGGAGCCGGAAUCCCCCAACAUCAUGUUUAUCGAGGGCUACAGCACCCGCGGCUUCACCAUCAGCGGAGACGUGGUGGUGGGACCGUGCGCCGUCCUGCCCCGCAGCAUCCUCCAGUGGAACGUUGGCUCCCACCGGGACAUCUCGCACGAGAGCCUGUCGCUGUUCCGGCUGCUGGAGCCCAAGAUAGAGAUCCUGGUGCUGGGCACAGGGGACAGGGUGGAGCGGCUUCACCCUGCCACCCUGAAGCAGAUGCGAGAGUGCGGGAUUGCUGUGGAGGUGCAGGACACGGCGAAUGCAUGUGCAACUUUCAACUUCCUAAUGAAUGAAAGGCGCAUAGUGGCUGCUGGGCUCAUCCCUCCACGGGGCACCUACGGGGUGUAGGCACUGCCUGYCAUGCCCGUGGGCUGAGUGGUUCUUCUGCCUGCCUGAAAGCCCCAAGGGUCACCACUCUCAACUGAGAAAUGYUCCAGACUGAUCUCUGGAGCUGUGAGGAGGGCUGUGAGAUACAUGGGCUUAGCUCUGCCCUACAGUCUCUGGCUUCUCAGCCUCCCUGCCCAGUCUGUGCUGGGGACUGUGGGGCACAGCACAAGGGUUUGCUGGCAGAAUUGCUCCCACAGCCAUGCUGAGGUCAUGGCCCACACCUUGACAGCAAGAAGCCUUACUCCAAGGCAAGA